UCGCAAUGCGUAACAUAAUUGCCCUUAGGGGCAUAUCCACGCGUCCUGGAACCCUAAAAUAUCGCCAAUUGUUGGAUCGAAACUAGAAAUUUUCUUCGUCUCUGUGAUUUUACCGUUCUGGCUUGAUGUCGGGAGAGGGCCUAACUCUUAGUAUCAGCAACUUUUCCCUUCGAAUAAGAACACACGAUUGGUUUAUUGAUUUUUACUAUUAAUUAGAAUUAAUCGUAUGAAUUCUGAGGUCCAUUUGGGUGAUCAUUGAGAAAUUGAAAGCGUAGGGGUAGGAUUAAUGUCGUGCGUUAGACGGCACCUACUGUGGUUCUAAAGUCUGAAAUGCGGUAGCACUCUGAUAUUGGUUCAACCAAAAGCUAUGGAAAGUAGAACUGCAUCUGUUCUUAAAGUAUGUUGUUGUCCUUACUGAGUAAGCGCUCAUUGGAGGUUGAUUCCAGGGACUCCUAUGGAUUUGCGUUAAGACCUCAACACGCACAAAGUUACAGACAGUAUGCUUCUAUUUACAAGGAGGAGGAAGGUGAAAGGGCAGAUAAAUGGAGAGGCUACCUUGAACAGAUAGUCAAAUCAUCUCAAUCAUGUUCUUCUGAGAAUGAACUUGAAGAAAUAUCUCAAGCUAAGGGUAGUGAGAUAAAAGAAGGGACAAGUUCAAGGAGCAGAAGUGAAGGAAAUGACUUGAAUAUCAGGAAGUCUUGUGAAGGGACUGAGUUAGAAGAUGAGACAGGUGCAGAGAGUGUAAGUGAAGGAAAUGAUUUGAGUUUCAAGAAAUCUUGUGAAGGGACUAAGGUAGAAGAGGAGACAGGGGCAGAGUGGAUAAGUGAAGAAAAUGAUUUGAGUGGCAGGAAAUCUUUUAAAGUUAUUGAGAUAAAGGAAGGAACAAAUUUAGAGAGGCAAAGAGAAUCAGAUGAGUCAAGUGACUGGAGUGCUGCUGAAGGUACUGAGAUAAAAGAAGGGACAAGUCUAGCGAGGGUUAGUGAAAGGAAUGAUUCAAUUAACAAGAAGUAUGUUUCUGAUGGUUCAACAGCAAGUAGUUCUGAAAAGGAGGUGCACUGUCCAGAAGAAAGAAAGGCCCGUAAGGUUCAAACCUGGGGUGAAAUUAGGCCUUCUCUUGCUGCUAUUGAGAAACUAAUGAGUAAUCGUGUCAAGAAGGCAAAGAAAAUUGAAGUUGAGCAGGCAAAUGGUAAAUAUGAUAAUCUUCCGUGUAUAGAUGAAUCUGAACAUCUACAAAUGGUUUCUGAGGACAUCAUUGAGGAAAAGGUCUUCCCUAAAGAGAUGCUAGAUAACAGUAUCAAUGGCUCAAGGGAAGGAGAUGCUUUAGAGGAUCAUGACUCACCUGAAUUUUACUCUCAGUUGAAGGAACUGGAGUCCCUAGUUCAGGGAGGAGUGCCAAAGGAUCUUAGAGGAGAGAUAUGGCAAGCAUUUGUAGGAGUGAAGACACGUAGGGUGGAAAGCUAUUAUGACGAUCUGUUGGCUCAAGAAACUGACAGUGGUAAAGGGAAGGAACUAGAUGAUUCAUCAUGUGCAUUAGGGAAAUGGAGAAAGCAGAUUGAGAAGGACAUACCACGAACUUUCCCAGGACAUCCUGCUUUGGAUGAAAAUGGCAGGAAUUCCUUGAGGCGUUUACUCCUAGCAUACGCUCGGCACAACCCCUCUGUUGGUUACUGUCAGGCAAUGAACUUCUUUGCUGGUUUGUUGCUGCUUCUUAUGCCUGAAGAAAAUGCAUUUUGGGCAUUGGUGGGCAUUAUUGAUGAUUAUUUUGAAGGUUAUUAUACAGAGGAAAUGGUAGAAUCCCAGGUAGACCAGCUUGUCUUUGAGGAAUUAAUGCGUGAAAGAUUUCCCAAGCUGGUUAAUCAUCUGGAUUACUUGGGAGUGCAGGUGGCUUGGAUAACUGGACCUUGGUUCCUGUCAAUCUUUGUAAACAUGAUUCCUUGGGAAAGUGUUCUUCGAGUUUGGGAUGUGUUACUAUUUGAAGGGAACCGUGUAACACUAUUUCGAACAGCUCUUGCUCUAAUGGAGUUAUAUGGUCCUGCACUAGUUACAACAAAAGAUGCAGGUGAUGCAAUUACUCUAUUGCAAUCACUUGCUGGCUCAACAUUUGAUAGCAGCCAGCUUGUCUUCACUGCUUGUGUAAGUUUUCUAGCUGUGACUGAAGCUAGAUUGCAGGAACUGAGAGAAAAGCAUCGGCCAUCAGUACUAGUUGUUGUGGAGGAAAGGUCUAAAAAAGGGCGAGUUUGGAAGGAUUCCAAAGGGCUUGCAUCUAAACUUUACAGUUUCAAGCAUGACCCAGGAUCACUGGUGGAAGAAAUGAAAACCACUGAAGGUGGUGAUAUGGAAAAUGUUGGGGACAAAUCACCGUUGGAAUCCCAUUCCUCCAACUUGGAUGAACUGCUCAAUAGCCUCAAUGUUGAUUCAGAAGUAGAUUCUCUUCCAGAUCUCCAGGAACAGGUGGUUUGGUUGAAGGUAGAGUUAUGCAGAAUGCUAGAGGAAAAAAGAUCUGCUAUAAUCAGAGCUGAGGAGCUAGAAACAGCACUUAUGGAGAUGGUCAAGCAAGAUAAUCGACGGGAACUGAGUGCCAGGGUUGAGCAAUUAGAGCAGGAGGUAGCUGAGCUACAGCAAGCCCUUGCUGAUAAGAAAUUACAAGAAGGUGCCAUGCUGCAGGUCCUAAUGCGGGUAGAGCAGGAGCAAAAGGUCACCGAGGAUGCUCGCAGAAGAGCUGAGCAAGACCUUGCUGCUCAGAAAUAUGUAGUUCAUAUGCUUCAGGAAAAGUAUGAUAAGGCCAUGGCAUCAAUCAAAGAGAUGGAAAAGCGGGUUGUGAUGGCUGAAAGCAUGUUAGAGGCCACUCUUCAAUAUGAAUCUGGCCAGUCAAAAGCACUUUCUCCAAGGGGUGAUCGGAUACCAAGCCCCAGAGUUGAAAUACCCGCGCCAAAAUUACGCCUACUAAAUUUUGGACUAGGUUGGCGUGACAGAAACAAGGGCAAGCCGACUAACGAAGAGGAAUGCAGCGAAAGUCAGUCCAACGAUGAGGGGCGAAGUCAUUGCAACAACGACGACGCUGUCACUCGCAGCAGGGAAUUCCGUGACUGAGAACAAGAUGGGAUACAUGGAAUUUGCAUUGCAGUGCCAUCUUGGUUGAGCAUAUGGGAGUUCACCUUUAUUACUGCUCCCUUUGGUAAUCGGUGGUUAUGGUGGCGAAGCUGAAGCAUCCUUUUGUAUCAUCUUCAAAAUCCAAAUGGGUAUAUUAAUAAUCUAUCCCGUUGUCUACUUUUGUCAGUCGUUCAAAUAUAAGCAGUUUUGGUAGGAGGAAAAUCUUGCAAUUCUUUAUCUGUUAUUACGCUAUUUUCAUGAAAACAUGGUACGUGUAUACUAAUUGUAUCAUUUUUAAUUAAAUUAAAUAUUUAUUCUAUUGUUA